AUGGAUCUCGCGAAUCUCCUCUCUCACAGCACGGCUGCCAAGCCGGUAUAUACUCCUCUUGAGUCCAGCUACUAUAAGCGCUCGCCGCCUCUGUCGCCGCCAGCCGAAGAGCCUAAGGUCUCACUGCCCUCAAUCUCAUCUCUCUUUGAGGGUGCCGAUGGUGCUCAGCACGCAGCUAAGCGUCAACGUCUCUCACCAUCUCUCGGUGAACGUCACGUUCGGGUCCAGUCCUACGAGCUGCCCCCAACACCACCUCUGCGCCCCGGCUCCGGCCACGCCCAUCGCCGCGCAUCUCCCGUGGAGUCGCUCUCUCACAAGGAAGCGCACCAUCACCAUCACCUACACCGUUCCUCUAUCUCCAGCAACGGCUCAGUCCACAUCCCCCGCAACACAGCACCAUACGCCUCGCCUGCGCCCAGUGUUUCAUCUUACACAUCUCCCAUUGACGCUCCCCAACAGCCAAUGUACUACCCACGCCCACCAACCACAUCUUCUUUCCAGCCCUCGACACCAGCAUCAGCUCCCCAGAUGCCUACUGUCCAGGCCCAGACGCAACAGCCGCACUCGCACUCCCACUCUCACUCGUCUUCGGCUCUCAUCUCUCCCGUCACCCCGGCAUGGCAACACCACCACUACUUCCCGCCUUCUUCCUCAGCCCCGUACCAGCAGAACCACGACCGCUAUAUCUGCCGUACCUGCCACAAGGCUUUCUCGCGCCCGUCUUCCCUGCGCAUCCACUCCCACUCCCACACUGGCGAGAAGCCCUUCCGCUGUACGCAUGCUGGCUGUGGUAAGGCUUUCUCUGUCCGCAGCAAUAUGAAGCGCCAUGAGCGUGGCUGCCACUCUGGUCGCCCGGGCCCUGCCCCUGCUGCUACUGCACUUGUUGUAUAA